GGAGGCCCGGAGCCCGGCGCUGCCACCGGCUGUGGUACAGGGGGUGGGGGGAACGUGGCGGCCACCGCCUCCUCUGUCCCCGCUACCAUGAACAUCGAGAUCCCGCCGGGCCUCACUGAGCUGCUCCAGGGUUACACGGUGGAGGUGCUGCGGCACCGGCCGUCCGACCUGCUGGGCUUCGCCGCCGAUUACUUCGCCCGCCUGCGAGAUGCACGCGACCAGGAGGGCGGCGGCACCCGCAAGAUGGUUAGCUUCGAUGGGGAGCCCAUGCAGACCGAGUCCAAUGGCGAAGAGGAGCCUGACCGCGGCGACGAGGACGACGACUACGAUUUCGAACCUGCGCUUAUUAACCGGUACAACAGAAGAGUAUCAGUUUGUGCUGAAGCUUUCAAUCCAGAUGAAGAGGAAGAAGACACAGAACAAAAGAUAGUUCAUCCAAAAACUGAUGAACAGCGAUGCCGACUGCAGGAAGCGUGUAAAGAUAUCCUGCUCUUCAAAAACCUCGAUCAGGAGCAGCUGUCUCAGGUCCUUGAUGCCAUGUUUGAGAGGAAGGUGACACCUCAGGAACAUGUGAUUGACCAAGGUGAUGAUGGAGACAACUUCUAUGUCAUUGAGCGAGGGUCGUAUGAUAUCUUUGUAGCAAAAGAUGACCAGUCGCGCUGUGUAGGCUGCUAUGAUAAUCAUGGCAGUUUUGGGGAACUGGCCUUGAUGUACAACACUCCUAGAGCUGCCACCAUUAUUGCCACCACAGAAGGAGCCCUUUGGGGACUGGAUCGAGUGACGUUCAGAAGAAUUAUAUUGAAAAACAAUGCAAAGAAGAGGAAGACCUAUGAAUUAUUUAUUGAGUCUGUGCCCCUUCUUAAAUCCUUGGAGGCAUCAGAGCGAAUGAAGAUAGUGGAUGUUAUAGGAGAGAAGGUGUACCAAGAUGGAGAACGUAUCAUUUCUCAGGGUGAUAAAGCAGAUUGUUUUUACAUUGUAGAAACUGGUGAAGUAAAAAUCUUGAUUAAAAGCAAGACUGUGACGAGUACAGAAGUGAACCAAGAAGUGGAGAUUGCCCGGUGUCAGAGAGGGCAAUAUUUUGGAGAGCUUGCACUUGUUACCAACAAACCCAGAGCAGCCUCUGCCUAUGCUGUUGGGGAGGUCAAAUGUUUAGUCAUGGAUGUGCAAGCAUUUGAGAGGUUGCUUGGACCCUGCAUGGACAUUAUGAAGAGGAAUAUAACACAUUAUGAGGAGCAACUGGUGGCAAUGUUUGGCUCUAGUAUGGACCUGAGGGAUCCAGGGAUUUAGGCACAGGGUACCUCAAUGCCUUCUUAGUUCAAGACACAGAAAAGCCUCCUAUCAGCAACACAACUCGCAAGAAAAACGGACACUAUGGAAACGGUUCCUGCUGCUGUCUUCUUGGGCAUUUUAGAAACCAUCAGCAAGUCUCAGCACAGAUGGAUUGCUCACUCCCUGCCUCCACCUUGCUGCUGAUACUUCAUCAUUAAACCUAGAUUAAAGAUCAUUGUAACCCUAUGUUCACUUGGUUCAGAAUGGCAUCUGUCCAGCAGUUCAAGUGCCUGAUAUGAAACCCAAAGUGUGCAAGAUAAAGAAGCCUCCUUCCUUCUGAUGUUACUGUUGGGAUGAAUUUUCAGAUCAGACUCUAGUGGGAGGUUGCCUGUUCUGCAGAGGCAACCAGUGGAAUACAAGCCUUUUAUGGGCUUAAUACCUUCUUCUGAUGCUUUCCUUACACAAUGUCAAAUUUGCUUUUAAUUGUAGCAUCUGGGUUUGAAGUUAAAAUAUCAAGGGAGCCAAUUAAUAAGGUGGCACUGAAGUUUUCCUUCACCUGCUGAAAUGAAAGCAGCAGGUGCUAGAGCUCUGUUAACCAAGCUGGGGACAUGAGAGAGUCUGCUUAGCAACAAAAUGCAGAAGAUGAAGCAUUACUAGAUUUGAAGUGUUCUCUGAGCAGCAAAGGAAAAUGUUUUACUCUGUGCUGCCCAAAAAAGUGCAGUGGUUCAGAUCAAAUGGCCUGAAGGUAUCAUAAUUGUCAUCUCCCCCAGUUUGCUCUUUGUUCCUGACACUGAGAACAUUUUAUUGUGGUGAGAUCACAAUACAUUACCUUCUGGCGCUUACAGAGAUCCUUUAUACUGCUAAAUUUCCCAGGGCACUGUUGUUGACUGGGUCAGUUUUAAAGCUUUUUAAGGAGGUGAAUGUUUUGUAAUUUAAAUGAAGACAACUUCUGUACUUGUUUACAGGAGCUCCCCCCUCCCCCCCCCCCAACAUUUCACAGUAUUCUGACUCAUUAGACACUUGGAUGCUUCCAAAUACCAUGUUGAUUUGCUAAAUGGUUGGCAGCCUUUGACUUUGUGAAGCCAAUGUCUUUGCUAACCACACGGUGUGUUUGAGGAGUCUUUUUGGUUUAGGUGAUAACUAAGCUAAUGUUGAUCUAUUGAUCUAAUGUUGCCCUGUUAAAUUUGCAGAAUUUAUUAGGUAGAUUCUAUUUCUAUAGCUUUAAUGACCUUAAAUUGGCAUCCUGCUGAGAUUUUACCAGAGUAUUAUCUAAAUAAGGAUCAGACCAUAAGAAGGAUGUUUUUAUGGUGUACAAACAGAAUAUUUAUAUUAAGACAUUUAAUUUGUAGGUAAUAAAUUUAGUGACCCUUUGAAUUUGCAUUCUUCUGCAGCUCAUGCAAAACUUCCUGGUGUUUUAUGGGGUUAUAAACUUUUAAUUGUGGAUGCUAGUAUAACAGAAUCUGUUCUUUUUUUUUCAUGGCCACGUCAGCAAGAACAGAAUGAUGCUAAUGUAGAAUUCCUGCUUCUAGUUACCACAGUGGACAUUUCUUUAAGGCAUGAGAUGCUUAGCUGCAACUCUUAAGUUGAUUUCUGGACAGUUUCUUUUCCUAAAUGGAUGAGGUCCUCCCAGUUCCUGCAAUAUGAGUAAGAUGGAAACUUGAUAAGUUUGAAUGGCUGUUGUCCAGUUACUGUAAUUGGAGUCAUAUUUUUAUAUAAUGCAAAUGAUUUGUAAUGGACACCACUGAACUAGGUGUUUCCAUGUUAUUAAAGUCCUGGUUGUGAUGUCUAGUGGCUGUUCUAACUGCAUGUGUUUUAGAACAGUGAAUUUCCCUUGCUUUGCUGGGCUGUAUUUUUGUUACAAAUGACAGCCAAAGAAACAGCAGGUACUUCUCAUUCAUGCUUCCAAGGUUUAGCACCAAAGACAGAAUCAUUCUUUUGAUUACAGAAUUAAAGAAUAAAACAAACCAAAAUGAAUCAGCCCCCCCCAAACAAACCAAUGAGCCCAACAAAAAACUAUAAAAGCCCCCACUCAUCAGGUCCUUGCAUUGAUAACAGGUAAAACUUUAGGAUACUUUGGGCUCCAAGUCUGAGGCUAGCUUGUGACUGUCCAGUGAACCAGACACAAUCUGAUCUUCAGACCAGUGUCUGUGCUACCUCUGCUGUCAUUUGAACUAAAGAGAACUUGCUGUUACUGAUCACAGCCAGCCUUGUUGCUCCCAGGCAGAACAUCCUCUCCUUUGCCCAGAGGAGCCUGGUGGGUUGGGCUGACUUGUGGAUGGAUUCUGCUUCUUCCAGCCUUUGGUUCUCUACAGGACAAGAUUGUAAACCUUAGCAGAUGCAAAUGGUGGCAGUUGUUCUGAAGCUUAACCAAAAAUUCAGGCAAGGCUGGUGUUAGAUUCUUAAGGUAAUUCUGCCUGGCAGGGAGGAUUUCGUAGAAUAAUAGAAUAGUUAGGGUUGGAAAGGACCUUAAGAUCAUCCAGUUCCAACCCCCCUGUCAUGGGCAGGAAUGCCUGACAGCAGACCAUGUUGCCAAGACUGUCCAGCCUGGCUUUGAACACUGCCAGGAUGGAGCAUUUAUAACUACUUCAAUUUGGGGGCUUCUAGAAGUCAGAGGAAAGGACGAGAAUGUCAAAUCAAAGAUUGGGAUUGCAUGUAAGUGAGAGCAAGCUUUUUGAAGCUUUACCUUUCCCUCAACUCCCUGAAGCAGAGACAUCCUGAGCAAUGCCAUCCCACAUCCAGGAUCUGUGUGACAUCAUUGUGAGAUGUAGAGAGGCAGCCUUACCUUGAGCUGAAAGAGAACAAGCCUGUAAGGAGGUUCCUUAAAAGCUGUUAAUUUGCAAUGUGCCCAUUGAGUUUGGUCUGGUUUAACCAGCCUCUUUACAAUUUUGGAGCAUGAAGAUAGCAAGAGAAGCUUGUAGUAAGAUACUCAACUUUGCCAAGUAUUGGGUUAGAGAAUCAGCAAUGGGCAAAGUUGGAAAGCUUGUGAGUGGUGAUACCAUGACCAGGGAGUGAAGCAAGGUGCCUGCGUGUGAGGAUCUGUCCACAUUGCUGCACCUCAGCUCACUCCUUUUCACUGACUGUUAUCAGAGUUGUCACAGAGAAAGAGCUCAAGUGUGGUGGUGUUACCACUCAGUGUAAAUCUGCUGUGGAGGCUCUGAAAUUGGCAGAGAGAGAAAUCUUGUUUUGAAUAAAAUAACUCAGCCGCAAAGUGGGCAAAGAGGAAAGUAUCUUUGAGACUUGCAGGACAAAGAGUCUCUUGUUUGUGAUUCCCUGCUUGUGAUUGUUGUGAAGUCAGUGAGAGGAGCUUUCAGUGGUCAGACCCCGUGACGUAGUAUUUCUGUGUCCCAGCACAGGUUUCACACUGUAAAUGAACAAAAAAGGGCAAAAGUGCAAACCUUGAAACUUUCAGACAAAACUUUAAAAACAAAGUGCAAUUUGCACAGAGGGCAAAACCUGAAACCCCUUUGAAUGUCACUUCUGUGCUUUCUUUUCCGUUGCUGAAAGCAGACUCUUGUUCUUGAUGUGUUUGUAACCUCAUCUUGCCAAAAUACAAACACUUUGGGUUGUUGGUUUUUUUUUUCACUACAGGUAAUUUCUGUUGUUACGGUUAUUGCUGGUUAUUUCCACUUCUUUCAGACCAUAUAUUUUAUUUUAAGAGGCCUUCCUCGUGGAUUUCCUGCUGACGGCCUGCAGCACUACACUUCCCUUUCAAGAUGCAAGAGGGAGUCGGUAACCUCAUAGGAGAACACUCAGCUGGCUGGAGCUAAUAAUGUGCUACUAAUUUUCCUCUGCUCUGGGGCAGGAGGGGAAUUACAUUCUGCAUAAAAUUGCUACCUCAAGGCUCCAAGUGCUUUUAAAGGUCUUUCACUUGGGAGAAUUUAGUAAGACAGUUCUUAAAGUUGGUCUGUUCUUUAGAGUUAAGUGGGUUUUUUAAUUUCAUUUAUUGAGGGACCCUCAUUUUAAUUCAUUUUACAUUUUGUACUUGAUUCUCAAAGGAUGGUUCUUGCACUAUUGAAAGAAAUACAUCUGCCAUAUAUACAUAUGGUUUUAACAAACCGCUCUGGGUUUCAGCUUCACUUUUAGUUAAUAAAAACCUGACAUGUUGUGUCCAGCCUUCCUGUACAA